GAUACUUAUACAUGAUAUUGUCCUUGAUUGACAAUCAUCUAAACUCAAGAACCCCGUGAACAUGUUGGUUGUGGAUAAUGCUGAUGGAAGACAUUUUGAUUCCACAUAUCAUUGUCUAUCUCUCCACCCAAUACAUGCAGAAGCGCUAGCAAUCCCAACUUUAUUGCGGUCAAAGAAAUCAUUCAUCAUGUUGAUUGUGUUAAUCCUUUCGUUUAUGUUAGUCGAUGAUGCUUCAGCACUGAGCAGGUCUAAUUUUUUUGAAUUCGAUUCAGCGUAUACAAAUACGUUAACUACUAGUGCAACUGAAAAUAUCGGCGAUGACAAUAAUGUGUCGAUUCAUUCAUCAGAGGAUUUUAGAUUACCACGCACAUUGUUUCCACAUCUCUACGAUUUGUCAAUUCAAGUCCAUUUGCAUGAUAACAAGUCACAAGCAUUUUUCUUCAAUGGAUCUGUGACAAUAAAAGUUUUCUGUAAUGUGUCGACAACCGAGUUCUUCGUACAUGCAGCCGAUAAUCUGAAUGUGAGCUUGGAUCAAAUCCAUGUAAGCUAUAGUUUUCAAACUGACGUUUAUUGGAAAAUAAUCCGUUCUUUGAAAUGAGUUUAAACUCAACUGGCAAACUCAUAUAAUGGAAGAGUCUACAACAAAAUUAAAAAUUCACCUACAUUUCUGUCAUCAUUUGUAUGAAAAGUAUCCUUCAUUUCAUUAACUUUUUUAAUUUGACUGUUUUUCAAUAAAAACUGGUUCCUAAUCGGAAUACCUCGCUGAAGUAAAUAAAUUGACAUUUUGAUAAGUUGUAAGUGGACAUUCAAAUGUCUUAAGCAAGUAAACUUGGAAGUCAAUAACAUCGUGUGAGUGAAGCAAUAAUUUAUUUGUCUCUGUCAACCGAAUUUUACAUGAUCGACCAAAUGUCUACCACGUAUGUGAUAAUAAUAUGACUGUUGAAAGUUAUUAUCCAUCAUUAACUGAAAUUCAGAACAUAGAUGAAGUUUAUUCAACAAAAUGUGUUUUCAGAAUCAUCGUUUAUAAUGCUUUAUUUGACAGUGAUUCAAACAGAAUUUUGACUAGACUGAAGUUCAAGUAGAAAUUCGCUUCUGAUUAAUUUUCAAUUAUAUUGUAGUGAACAAAAACACCAGUGGGGACAAUCGAAUGUUUUAGCUAGGAAAUCACAGAACCUGUUAUUAAAUUUGCAAAAUGACCAUCAAUUGUCCCAAAAUGACUCAGACCUCAUUGUUCUUGCAUUUUCAAACAAAUUGCCUUCUGUUUCCAUUAUUUACUGUUCGAUCCACCAGUCUCUCUGCUACCAGACAUUCUGUUCCUGAUUGUCAUCAUAUAUUGCUUAUGUCAACAUAAGUAGAACACACCACAAUAUGAUCCAAGUCAGAACACAAUUACAUCAUUGUAUUUCUCAAAUUAUUUGAAAACAACUUGCAAGUAAAUUUGUACGCAAGGAAACAAAAGUGGCAACUACUUAAACGUAAGAUGUCAACUAAAAGUUAUUUUACUAAAACAAAAAAUAUCAUAUACACGAAAAAAACUCAUUUUUAAACAAAUUAAGCGCCACUAACCUAAGAAAUUUGAAUUUAUUCAAGGGGUCAACCAAUUGAUUUUAUCAGAUAGCAUAAGAUUCUUUAAUGACUCACAUGAACUAGGUGCUCAAAUAUUGUGAAACCAUUCGUUCAAAUUUAGACGAAAGUUCUUAUUAAGCAUAAGAUUCUACAUUCAAGAUCCAAAACGGAUCCCUUGAAAAUGCCAAAAUCACCGCUUUUUUAAUAGUUCAACUGAGAAACACAUUAAAGACUAAAUCCACUUGGUAUUUUUUUAACUUGGAUGUUCCCAUUGAUGUUUACAACUUCAAUUGAUCAUUCUCUUAUAUGCACAUAUACAUAAUGUGCGUAUUGUAUGGAUAUUGCAUGAAUCCAUGAACAUUAUAAGCAAGGAUGGAUAGUGACUAGCAGUGGAAUUCCGGACGCACGUUUGUCUUAUUCGGGACUCGUCAGCUGGAUGCACCGUCCACCAGCAUUCCUCAUCCAACUGUGUCAUAAACAAUCCUUUCCAGUUCUUUCCACUUCCUAUUCAUCCAGUCAGUGCUUUCUUCUAAUACUUGAUUCAGUGUGUUAUUUGGUCUUCCUUUCUUCAGUUUCCAUUCACAAUUCCAAAUUAGUACUUGCCUCGUGAUGAAGUUUGGUGAUUUACACAAUAUAUUUUCUAUCCAAUCACGACGUCUUUUCUUAAUUUUCUGUCCACUUGGAAACUAGUUUGUUAUUCAUUUUAUCUGGACAAACAAUAUUAAGUACCUCUUGAAGAUAAUUGUUCAUAAAUGUUUGUGCUCUUUUGAUGAUGGCUGUGAUAGUUAUCCAAUUUUCAGUUCAGUGCAAUAAGACUGUUUGGAUGAUCUGUCCAGGUUGGUUCAAUGUGUUUCACUGGGUCCGAAUAUCACUCCUCAUUUCCGUAGCUAUUUAGUCAGUUCUCCCGGCCUCCCCUAUUGUCCAUACAUUCCAUGUAACUAUACUAAUAGUUGCUCUGGUUGCAGGAAGGUAAAUAGGCCUCGUGCCUUCUGAGGAAUCCCGGUUUUCACCAUGAGGCAUCCUAACUCUUCUAGUUAAAUAUCCCUAAACUUGGAGGCCAGAGUUUAAAUGGUUCAAAUGAUGAUUCUGUGUAGUCAUGUUUUACCAAGGUUGAUUUCUGUGGCACGUGGUGGCUAACGUUAUAACUCACACUCCUCAUUUAUCCGGAUUCGCAACGAGGAGGAAUCCUAAAAGAGCUACAGACAGAAAUAUUUAUUGCUGAACAUAAGAGAUUUUUGUUCGUAUUAUUCUUCUUCUUUCACAUUAGAGAAUCCGACUCUCUACAUAAACGGAAAUAAAAUACCAACUAUUCAAAAUGUGAAUUUUCUUUGUGAUCGAAUAUAAAUAUUGUGACUUUACAAUGAUUCCCGUCUCUGCUUUUUGAAAACAGAUGUCUCCUCUUCAUGAAAAAAAUCAAACAAGUUCUUAUAUUCAAAUAGACGAAGUUCAUUAUAUUGAAUAUGCUGAGUGUUAUCGAAUUAAACUCAAAACGCCUUUGCAACCAUAUACUUAUUACAACCUGACAUUUGGACAGUUUCGUUCUGAUAUGGACUAUGAUUCUGAUGGACUGUAUAUUAUCAAAUAUUUGGAAAAUGGGAUUUACAAAUAUUUGGCAAGUACUUACAUGGAGUCAAUUUAUGCAAGGAAUGUAUUUCCAUGUUGGGAUGAGCCGGAAUUUAAAGCAAAUUUCAAGGUCAAUAUUGUACGCGACAAAAAUUUCCGUUCGCUUUCAAACAUGAAUUUGGAAAGUACGGAAGUGUUGUACGAUGAUUGGCGUGUCGACAGGUAUGACACCAGUGUGAAAAUGUCCACAUAUCUGUUGGCAUUUGUAGUUUCGCAGUUUUCGAAUAUUCAGAGGACAGACAAUAGAGGACGAAACUUCACUGUUUGGGCAAGACCGGAUAAAAUUCGAUCAGCUGAAUAUGCACUUGAUAUUGGCAUAAAAUUAUUGGGAUACUUUGAAGACUAUUUUGGCAUUCCCUAUUCACUUCCUAAAAUGGAUAUGAUUGCGAUUCCUAACUCUUCAAUAACGGCAAUGGAAAACUGGGGUUUGAUCACUUAUGAUGAAAAUAAAAUGAUAUGGGACGCAGAAAACGGUUCAGUAAAUACCCUACUUGAAGUGACUUUUUCUGUCUCACAUAAAAUUGCUCAUCAGUGGUUAGGAAACUUGGUGACAAUGAAAUGGUGGGAUAACUUGUGGUUGAACGAAGGCUUCGCAACAUUUUUCGAAUACAUCGGAGUACAGUUACUACAUCCUGAGUGGAAAGUAGAUGAACUAUUCAUACUGAAUGAAUUGAUGCCUGCACUUGAUAUUGAUACUUCGAUGAAAUCAAGACCAGUCAUUUAUCCAGCUAAUACUACAAUACAAAUCAUAAGCAUGUUUGAUUCAAUCACCUAUGAUAAGGGCGCCUCUUUGGUUUGGAUGAUGGAGAAAUUCAUGGGCCGUAGUGCGUUUCAAAACGGUUUAAAAAGAUAUUUAAUUCAAAACCAAUAUAAGAACACAGAUGAAAAGGAUUUAUGGAAGGCAUUAUCUGAAGAAUGGAAUACUCAAGGAAAUCAUUUGGACAUUGGAUUUAUUAUGGAUUCAUGGACUAAACAAAGGAAUUAUCCACUAGUGAUUGUAAAGAGAAAUGGGUCGAAUGUGUUCAGUUUUGAGCAGAUACGUUACUUUCAACACCAUGGUAACAAUUCAUCUCAAACAAAUCAUGAAUACUCCUGGAGAAUACCGAUCACUUAUGGGUCGGCACAAACGAUGAACUGGACAAAUGUCGAUAUUGUGUGGAUGGUGAACAAAAAAUUGAAUCAAACAAUGAACAUAAGCUCAGACGACUGGUACUUGGUGAAUGUAAACCAAGGCGGAUUUUAUCGGGUUCACUACGCUGACAAUAACUGGAUCUUAUUAAUCAAUCAAUUGCAAAGGAAUUUCACGGCUAUUCCAGUCUUUUCACGCGCACAAAUAUUGAAUGAUUUAUUCAGUCUUGCAAAUCAUCAUAUCGUGCCAUAUACUCAUUUCUUGAACGCAACAAAAUAUUUAAACUACGAGGAUGAGUUUAUUGUAUGGAUAACAGCCAGUCGAUCGCUGCUUUACAUUAAUAACGUGCUUGCUCUGAAUGAGAAUUAUGACGAUUUCCAAGCAUACUUACGAACUCUUAUCGAUAACCGAAUCCGAUCAGCGAAUUGGUCAUUUGUUGGUAAAGGUCAAGAUCUUCCAAAGAUACUUUUUGACUAUACCGUGAUCAAACUCGCCUGUAUAGCUGAACAUCAUCUUUGUGUGAACAAAACUUCGGAUCUCUUCAGACGAUGGAUGUCGAAGCCCGAAACGAACCCCAUACGACCUGAUUUGAGAUUCAUUACUUAUUGUACAGCUAUUCGUCAUGGUGGUCAUGUAGAAUGGAAAUUUUUAGAAAGUCAGCUGACGUUGAACGAUUUUGUAAAUGAAGAAGAGACUGAAAACAAGAUGUUGGCAUUAACGUGUUCUCGUGAUAAAGAAAUUUUGAAAGAGUACUUAGAGCGGGUAAGAGAGAACGAGAACUUCUGGUUCACGCUUGAUUAUUUCGCGAAGUCUCCAGUUGGUAACCAACUAUUAUGGGACCACCUGAGUGAUGUACCUAAUUUUGAUAAACAUGAAGACUUCACGGAAUCCAUACUAAACGCACUCACUAAAUAUCCUUACUCAUUGUUUAGUGGAAGGAAUUAUGAAAAGAUCCUCCUAACAGAAGCUAAUAAUCAAAUAGACCCAGAACAUCGAGAAAAGCUCAAAUAUUUAUUUGAGAUAUCCAGUGGAAAACGAACAUGGACUGAAGUAUAUUCUGCCAUUAUUCAGUGGUUGAAAGAAAAUGUCCCAAUUGUUACCCAAUCAUUAUAGAUCAGUACCGUUGAUGAAGAUCAACCGAGUGUUCAAGCAUAAACGAUACGAGAUAAUUCUUUCGACUUCCUUCAUUGUUAGCAUUAGUAUCAUUUUAUUCUAUCAAGCCUUAGAACAUCUAUAUGUUACUCCAUAUUCACACCAGCACUUUGAAUGAUUGCUUGUAGUAACUCGUAGUAACGUUUACUGUAUAUUUGUAUUCAUUCAUACAACACUGACGUUAUAAUAAUUUUGUUGUGGAUUUUGAUUCAAAAUGUUCAAUAUACAGAAUGUCACAUAAAAAUAAAUAUUGUUCUCUAAAAGCAU